AUGAACAAGCUGUACAUUGGGAACCUAAACGAAAACGUUACUCCAGGCGAUUUGGAGAAAGUCUUCAAUGACCACAAGAUCUCCUUCAGUGGUCAGUUUCUGGUGAAAUCGGGCUAUGCCUUUGUGGAUUGCCCUGAUGAGCAAUGGGCUAUGAAGGCAAUCGAAACUUUUUCUGGGAAAGUGGAGCUACAUGGAAAACAGCUAGAGAUUGAACAUUCAGUACCCAAAAAGCAAAGGAGCCGCAAAAUUCAGAUAAGAAAUAUCCCACCCCAGCUACGAUGGGAGGUGUUGGAUGGUUUGCUAGCUCAGUAUGGUACUGUAGAAAAUUGUGAACAAGUGAACACAGACAGCGAGACGGCCGUCGUCAACGUCACCUAUUCAAACCGGGAGCAGACCAGACAGGCGAUCAUGAAACUGAAUGGGCACCAGCUGGAAAACCAUGCACUGAAAGUCUCCUACAUCCCCGACGAACAGUCCGUGCAGGGACCUGAGAACGGGCGGCGGGGCGGCUUCGGCACACGGGGGGCCCCCAGGCAGGGCUCGCCCGUCGCUGCAGGAGCGCCCGUAAAGCAGCAGCCGGUGGACAUCCCACUCCGACUCCUGGUGCCCACGCAGUACGUGGGGGCCAUCAUCGGCAAGGAGGGGGCCACCAUCCGCAACAUCACCAAGCAGACGCAGUCCAAAAUCGACGUGCACAGGAAGGAGAACGCGGGAGCAGCGGAGAAAGCCAUCAGCAUCCAUUCCACCCCCGAGGGCUGCUCCGCGGCCUGCAAGAUGAUCUUGGAGAUUAUGCAGAAGGAGGCAAAAGACACCAAGACAGCUGACGAGGUUCCCUUGAAGAUCCUGGCCCAUAAUAACUUUGUGGGGCGGCUGAUCGGCAAAGAGGGGCGGAACCUGAAGAAGGUGGAACAGGACACGGAGACGAAAAUCACCAUCUCAUCUUUGCAGGAUCUGACUCUCUACAACCCUGAAAGGACGAUCACGGUGAAGGGCUCCAUCGAGAACUGCUGCAAAGCCGAGCAGGAGAUCAUGAAGAAAGUGAGGGAAGCUUACGAAAAUGACGUGGCUGCCAUGAGCCUACAGUCUCAUCUGAUCCCCGGCCUUAACUUGGCUGCUGUCGGACUCUUCCCAGCUUCUUCUAACGCGGUGCCGCCGCCUCCAAGCAGCAUCUCCGGGGCAGCGCCAUAUAACUCCUUCAUGCCCCCAGAGCAAGAGACGGUGCACGUCUUCAUCCCCGCGCAGGCCGUCGGCGCGAUCAUCGGCAAGAAAGGACAGCACAUUAAACAGCUCUCGAGAUUUGCGAGCGCCUCCAUCAAGAUCGCGCCACCCGAGACACCGGAUUCCAAAGUGCGCAUGGUUAUAAUCACUGGACCACCAGAAGCUCAGUUCAAGGCACAAGGACGAAUUUAUGGCAAACUCAAGGAGGAAAACUUUUUUGGGCCUAAAGAAGAAGUGAAGCUGGAGACGCACAUUAGGGUCCCUGCCUCAGCCGCAGGGAGAGUUAUCGGCAAAGGAGGCAAAACUGUCAAUGAGCUGCAGAACCUGACGGCAGCAGAGGUGGUGGUGCCGCGGGACCAGACGCCUGAUGAGAACGAGCAAGUCAUUGUAAAAAUCAUUGGACACUUCUAUGCCAGCCAGAUGGCGCAGCGCAAGAUACGCGAUAUCCUGGCCCAGGUGAAACAGCAGCAUCAGAAGGGACAGAGCGGCCAGACGCAAGCGCGGAGGAAAUAA